AUGUCUGGAUGCGGGGGAAGCAGCGGUAACCAAGCAGAUUCCCAUGACAUGGGCAACACUGUCAACAAUGCCGCCAAUGAUAGUAGUGAGAACAACCGUACCAGUGCUGCCGGCCUCAACAGGAUGAACAGCAACACUCCGUUGUACGCUCCAAAUCACACCCCCUCCUUCGUCUACGAUAUGGUGCCGACGCCGCAGGCACCGCAGGCACCGUUGUACCACGUCUACUCGAUGGAUGCUGGAAACGGGCCGUACCCGGCUGUUAACAUGCGUCCCAUGGCCCAGCCGAUGCACGCGAACCCUGUUCCCAACCCUACCAUUAUUAAUAUUCCUUAUCAGCACGAUCUGGACAAGGCCCCGCAGCCAAUAUCGAGUAUUUCCUCCACAAGUUCACUGAAUGUGGCCCAGCCGCAAAACUAUCUGAAUGGUAACAUUAUGUCCUCAUACCCGCAACCCCAUAAAAUACCUUCGAUGAAUCAGCAGAUGCCUCAGAACCCACAGCACAGUAAUAUACUUCAGCAUCAAAACGUGUCAGUCGAGAGCAAUAUCUCGCCUCAUCCUCUGGGACAACAGAUCACUUUCGGUAAUUAUCCGCAAGAAGCUGAGUAUUAUGUGACAGAUAUCAGGCAAUUUCAGCAGCAGCAACAGCAGCAGCAACAGAGUCAACUCCCCCAACGACACCAGGGUCAACAAACAAAUGUUAUGCAGCAGUCCUACCCGGUACAGAUAGACCCCUUGGCGCAAGUACCACAAAUAGAUUAUUACCGUAGCCCCAGUGUCAACAUCAACAUAGUCCAAAAGAACUCUGUGGGAAAACCUUUUUCCAUGAUUGAUGCAGGCACUAAUCGUGGCGUCAAACUGGAUUACUCAAAAGUAGACCGCUUGGCUUAUGAGAUAUCACAAAACAUGGUUGUUCCUCCUUUUAGCACCUUGAAGCCGAGCAAGUCUUCGAUGAAAACACAAAAACCAAAAAGGUCAAAACGGAGAUCCAAAUUCACUCAGGAGCAGGAUCUGAUGAUCAUAAACAUGAAAAAGGAAAAUAAAACGUGGGUCAAGAUAGCAGAAUGCGCUAAAGUCGAUAGUUACCUUGCAGCCCGUAACAGGUACCAGGUUCUUAUUGGACAGCAGGGAGGCGGCACCGGUGAAUGUGGUCCCGAAGACGUUCUCGUACUGAAAAAUAUUGUUGACGACGGGGAAGUUGAGAAGAUGAAAUAUCUUAGUAAAGAAUUCCGCAAGUGCACAGGUAAACAGUGUUCCUACAAGCAGGUCAGAGAGUUGAUAAGGUACCUGUUCUGGAAAAACACUGGAAAGUUUGACGUCGGCGCCAGCUAUCUACAGGAGUUGGAAAGGCUCCAAAAGCAGCGGCACGAAGAACUCGGCGGAGAAGGACGAGAAGAAGAUGGCCUGCGUAGCAGUAGCGACGAAAGCAGCCUCGGAAAGGAGGUGAGUUUCAAUAACAGCGAAAGAAAUAUCAUCGAGACGAACACGAGUCCGGAGAGAAAGAGCCCCGAAAAUUAG